ACGUAUGCUAUUUGCGGUAUUUUUGAUUUCUUCCAGGUUAUAUCAUUUGAAUCCAGUCGUAAUAUUUUUUAGUGUUAUAAUGCAGUGAAUGUAAUGACAUUAAUGACUAAUUACAUACACGUGUACAUAAAUAAUUAUAAAAAUAAUAUUACAAUUCUGAGUAUUUCCUUAGGUUUGAUAUCGUGUGACAAGAAUAUUGUGUCAACAGCAAAAUUUGAAAAUGCCGAUUUUAGCUUUAGAUGUAAAAACAGUGAAAUUAAUUACUACCACGCAAAUAAUAUCGUCUGUUAAUACCGUGGUUAAAGAAUUGAUUGAAAAUUCACUUGAUGCUGGUGCAGAUAAUAUCGAAAUUAACCUUGUAUGUAAAUGAUAGAGAUUUUAUAUUUAUAUUGUAUGUGAUUAUGAUACAAUAUGUCAUGUGAUUUUUAUAUCACAUAAUUUAUUUUUAAAAAAAGAAAUAUCAUUUGUCCCUCUUAUUUCCUCUCAGACUGAUAAUGGCACAUCCUUGAUAGAAAUAAAGGACAAUGGUUGGGGUAUAUCUAAAGAGGAUGCACCAUACAUGGGAUUACCUUCUUACACAUCUAAGAUAUUAAGUUUUGAAGAUUUAGAUUGCUUACAAACGUUUGGAUUCAGAGGAGAAGCACUUAGCGCACUAUGUGCAGUAGCAGAAGUUAUUAUUAUAACAAAAACAAAAGAUGAUAUUACUGGGAGUUCAUAUAUAAUGGACAAUGAUGGACAAAUCGUAAAGCAAGAACCUUGUCAUAGAAGCACUGGGACUACUGUGCAAGUAAAGAAUUUAUUUAAGCAACUGCCCGUAAGGAGACAAUUGAUUACUAAUAUGAAAAGAGCUAAUCAAGCUAUUAAAUUACUGGAGAUAUUAAUUCAGAGUUUUGGCAUCUGCAAACCAAACGUAAGAAUACAAUUCCGAGUGAACAGCAAUGUUAUAUUUACAAAACCAAGCUUAAAUAAUAUUAAGGAAGCUGCGAGUCAUAUACUUGGUAGAAAAAUUAUUUGUCACAUGGAAUGGGUUGAGCCCGAUAAUACAGAGUUCACUUUGCAAUUAAUGUUACCAUCAAAGAAGAUAAAGGAUUUAUCAGAAAUUUCUCAUCCAGACUUGCAUUAUAUUUUUGUAAAUAAUAGACCUAUUAAACAUAAGGAUCUUGAAAAGUUAGUAAAUAGUUUGAUAUUAGAAUAUUUUGAGCAAGAAUCAUGUAGAAAAAAGAUGAUAUUUCUUGUAUAUAUUAUUUUGGAACCAAUGGAUAUUGAUGUUAACUUGGAACCCAAUAAGGAUGCAAUUCUUUUCAAAGAUCAGAAUAAAAUUUUUGAUAAUAUAGAUAAAAAUAUAAGAAAAUUUUAUGGGCUUAAAUCUGCAAAUGUGGCUGAACGUGUGGUUGGAAACGUAUCUAUCGACACAUCUGCCUGUUACGAAGAUUUUACACUCGAUAUGAACGAAGAUAUCGCCGAUACAGAACCUGUAUGCAAAAAACGAAAAAUACACGCUGAAGGAAAAAUGAUUCAAAAAGAUGCUGCCGAAGAAAAAACAAUUACUCGCGAUAAUGAUGUCACAAAUAAAUGUGGAGAGUUUUCUCAAGACAAACAAGAGAAUAAUAAUCCGAUUUAUGAUCAACAGCAUAGAGAUGCACUGGCUCUAACAACCCAUAUGCAGCCACCAAAUUUAAGUGACUCUGAUUCAAAUGAUGACUUUCCUGUUGCCACUUCAUUUAAUGCUAAAAUGGCAGAAGAGCGUGAAACCUUGAGUCAAUUACCUAUAGUAGAUCUCGGCGAGGAUUUUGACUUCACAGAAGAAUUUGGAGAUGAAAAUGCCUCAACAAAUGGAAACGAGAAUACUUUAAACGAGAUCCAAGCAAAGAAACAAGUUUCGUUAGAGGCAUGGAGUAAAGGGCACGUUGCCGGUCUUAAGGGUGGGACGGAUAUAAGAUCUGAUAUUGCCAUUGAGAAGUCAUCAAGUAAUAACUUGGAGGAUAAAAUUAAUGGAACACCUGAAUCAAAUAAGCCACACGUUGACCGUAAAGAUCUUAACUUUCUAAAACACGUUAGAUCGCAAGUUGCAAGGGAAAAUCCUACAUUAACAGCAGCCCAGACUGCAAAGAAGAUCACUGAAUUUUGGAAGCAAUUAUCAUCCGAAGAACGUGGUUAUUAUCGAGACGUUGCUCAUGACGAAGGAAAGGAACAGCGAGCGCAUAAAAAGGCGGAAGAAAGAGCAGAAGCUGGUAAAAUAGACGCGGGAAAGAAUAAAAGUAGACUUUUACAGUUAUUUGAAAAAAUGAAAAAUACGAAGAACGAAAAAAAUGAGAAGUUAAAUAUGAGGACGAUAGUACCUUGGAUUAUUGACAGAGCUAAGAUAAUUAAAAGAUCAGAGUUUGAGAGCGAGCAUAUGAUAGGUCGAUUAACGAGAAAUUUAUGGGUUGCUACAAUUUGCGAACAAUUGUGGAUCGUAGAUAGCACUGGCCUGAUCAAAGGUUUAAAAGUUACCGAUAUCGAUGCAGAUAGGGGUUUCGUUAAAGUAGUCAAGAAUAAGCAGUACUUUAAGCGGUAUCAAGUUAAAUUCAAGAGGCGUCGCGAAGGAAAGACCGAUUACUACGCUCGCAAGAGACUAAUUGUUCAAGACAAGAACAAGUACAACACACCUAAGUACAGGUUGAUUGUACGUCUGUCUAAUAAAGACAUUACGUGUCAGGUUGCCUACUCGAGAAUCGAGGGAGAUAAAAUUGUGUGCGCUGCUUACAGCCACGAACUUCCCCGAUACGGAGUUAAAGUGGGCCUCACCAAUUAUGCAUCCGCUUACUGCACUGGUCUGCUUUUGGCCAGAAGGCUCCUUAAGAAAUUAGGGUUGGACAAAUUAUACGUGGGUAUCACGGAUGUAACCGGUGACGAGUACAACGUUGAGGAACUGGACGAUGGCCCAGGCGCCUUCAGAUGUUACCUGGACACGGGAUUGAUGCGCACCACAACUGGCGCCCGAGUCUUUGGCGCCAUGAAAGGCGCGGUUGACGGUGGCCUCAAUAUCCCUCAUAGUACCAAGAGAUUCCCCGGCUACGACAACGAGACAAAAGCGUUCAAUGCAGAUAUGCACAGGCAGCACAUAUUCGGGCAGCAUGUUGCCAACUACAUGAAGACUUUGGAAGAAAAUGAUGAUGAAGCCUUCAAGAGACAGUUCUCGCAGUACAUCAGUCACGGCAUAACCGCGAACGAUAUCGAGAACAUCUACAAGAAAGCUCACGAGACAAUCCGGUCGGAUCCGGAACAUAAGAAGGUCACGAGGGAGAAGGAGGCUGUCAAGAAGAGGUGGAACCGCGCGAAAUUGUCGCUGUCUGAGAGAAAGAACCGCGUUGCCCAGAAGAAGGCCUCGUUCCUCAAAACUCUGGAGGAAGCAGAGGUGUAAUCAUUCUUCAUUCUUUUUUGUAAUAUACACACAGAUUUUAUGUGUAUGAAUCAACUAAGAAUAAAGAAAAAUCGUCUGAAUC